AUGUCGCUCUUCACAGUACCUCUCACUCUCGCCCUGCCUGCGGCGGCGGCUGGCCUCGCGUACUUGAAUGCGAAGUCGGCCUUCUGGUAUGACUGGACCUUAUUCCGAGGCGUCGUCCCAGCUUUUGCAACGAACAAAUGGCGCGAGUAUAUCGACAAGGCCAAUGCCUUCUACAAGCUCGAGACGAGGGCGAAGAGUGGUGCGUCGGCCGACAGGAUCUUCCUCAUGUACGAAGAUAACACUUGGACCUAUGCGCAAUCGUACGACACAGCACUGAGAUACGGCAAUUGGCUGAAGAGGAGGUAUAACUUGAAAAAGGGCGACGUCGUAGCCAUAGACAUGAUGAACUCGGAUCAUUUUGUCCUGCUCUGCUUUGGGCUGUGGUCCAUUGGCGUCAAGCCCGCCUUUAUCAAUUACAACCUUACCGGGAAGGCAUUAACGCACUGCAUAGAAGCCGCCAAAGCCGUGCUUAUGUUGGUCGACCCCCAGGUACAGCACAACGUCGACGACAGUACUCGCGCAACACUAGGCGAUCUCCAAAUCGAUAUUCUGACAGCUGAUCUUAUUGCGGAAAUUCUCUCGACCGAUCCGGUACGCGCACCAGACUCGGAUCGGAGUGGUGACUUGGGUAGAGAUAUGGCCGUCCUCAUCUAUACAUCGGGCACAACCGGUUUACCAAAGGCCGCCAUUGUAUCAUGGAGCAAGUUGACAUUGGCUGGCACAUUUGUAGGGGGCUGGCUAGGAACAAAACCGUCAGAUAUCUUCUACACAUGCAUGCCGAUAUACCACAGUUCAGCUACUGUCAUGGGGUUAUCACACGUCCUCGAAUCGGGCUCUACUUUCGCCAUUGGUAGGAAAUUCUCCACCAAAACAUUCUGGAAGGAAGCCCGGGCGUUCAAAGCGACCCAAAUUCAAUACGUCGGCGAGACAUGUCGAUACCUGCUCGCUGCGCCACCCCAAAUUGAUCCCGCCACCGGUGAAAACUUGGACAAAAAGCACAAUAUCCGCUUGGCCUUUGGUAACGGCCUGCGACCCGAUGUUUGGGAGAGAUUCCGCGAACGGUUUGGCAUCGAAAAUAUUUCCGAAUUCUACGGCGCAACAGAAGGAUUCCUCGCGACUUGGAACACGUCAAAGAACGACCACACUAUCGGAGCCAUCGGCCGCAAUGGCUGGCUGUAUGCCAUACUGAUGAAGCAGCGCAUGGCCAUCAUAGAUGUUGAUCAUGACACGGACAAGCCCAUACGUGAUCCCAAGACAGGGCUUGGCCGCCAAGUACCACGUGGCCAAGUUGGCGAACUGAUGUUUAUGCUCCCUGACGACAUGGACAAAGACUUCCAGGGAUACUACAACAAUAAGGAGGCAACAAAUAGCAAAAUCGUGCGUGACUUGCUGAGAAAGGGCGACGGCUAUUUCCGCUCUGGUGACUUGGUGAGCUGGGACAACGAGGGCCGCAUGUACUUCCACGAUCGCAUUGGUGACACGUUCCGCUGGAAGAGCGAAAAUGUGGCCACAACCGAAGUCUCACAGACGAUAGGUAUGCAUCCUUCCGUCCAGGAAGCGAACGUGUACGGUGUGGAACUGCCCAAUCACGACGGGCGGGCUGGUUGUGCUGCGCUCGCAUUGCAGGUGGAGCCCGAUGAGAAGGUCAUGCAGAGCAUCGCGGAGCAUGCGAAAAAGGCCCUGCCUAAGUACGCGGUGCCGAUCUUCUUGCGGGUUGUCAAGGAUAUGAGCACCCAGACGACGGGGACAAAUAAGCAACAAAAGCAUCAGCUCAGGGCUCAGGGGGUGGACCCCGCCAAGAUUGGAAAUGAUGAUAUAUACUGGUUGAAGGGAGAUACGUACGUGAAAUUCGGACCUAGGGAUUGGGACAGCUUGAAUGGCGGGAGGGUGAAGCUGUAA